AGAAAUAGUGCAGUUAUAUACAUAUACUACUGUUCGUCAACUGUGCAAUACUUUGACUAUUAUAUAGUACUCCAUGUCUGGGAUCUAGAUUUAGAUUUGAUAUGCUGAAACUGAAAGCUAUCGAUCAAGCACUUGAGAAACAAGACAAGCAUUAUCAUGGAAGAAGAACUGAAUGAUACUGGUGAUGAUAAAAUUAAAUGUAUUGAUGUACCUCACAUAAAACAGAUUUACACAUGGGAUUGUGGUUUAGCUUGUGCUUCUAUGAUUUUAAAGUAUCUAAAUAUUCCAUUUACAUCAAAUGAUAUUUACAACAUACAAGUCAAAGAUUUGCUCAGAUGUGGAGAGAAUGUUUGGACGAUUGAUUUGGCCUAUCUCAUGAAGCAUUAUGGAGUUUCUCACCAACUGUACACAAUAACAUUAGGAGCAAAUCAACAAUUUGCUCAAUCUUCUUACUAUUUAAGUAAUUUUACAAAAGAUGAAGACAGAAUUAAUAAUAUGUUUGAAAAAGCGGGAGAAAAUGGAGUUAAAGUGGAAAAAAGGAGUAUUAGUAUAGAAGAUAUUAUAGAUCAUAUUAAAAAUAACAACCUGGCUAUAUGUCUAAUAGAUUGGUUGAAGUUAGAUUGUUUAUGGUGCAGCAAAAAGCUGUGUUUUUGUUGUUUUGAUAUUUGCUCAUCUCCUUAUGUUGGACAUUUUGUUGUGAUAUGUGGUUAUGAUUUAUUAAAGAAACAUAUUUAUUAUAAAAAUCCUAAUACCAGUACUGAACUGUGUUGUUGUAGUUUUAGUCACUUUGAUAAAGCCAGACAAGCAUUUGGAACAGAUGAAGAUAUUCUACUUAUAUACAAUAAGAAAGAUGAAGUUACAUGAUAUUUGGUCAAGCCUUUCUGGAAGACCACAAAGUUAGUUUUGUGACUGGUUUUGUUAUGGGGAUUGCAAUGUUAUUUUUGUUGAAAAGUUUUGGUGAAAGAAAAAAUUAUGAUAUCCAAUUGAAUUUAAAAAGCCUGUCAUGUACUCGUCUGAUAUUGAAUUAUCUCUCAACAAUUACAUGUUUAAAAUUUUGUAAGUGUUAGACACCCUCAACCAUAUUCAGCUUACCAAACAUGUAAAGUCAUGUGCUUGUAGAAAAUUUCAUUUUCAAAUUUAGGGUGUUGUUUCAGAAUUAUUGACAGCCUUAAAAAUUUGGUAAAAAUAUUUCUAGUGAAAAGAUGGUGGUACAUAAGACUUGGUAUUGAAAUUUGCUCCAAGCAAUAUUUGAAGCCAGACCAUGUCAAUAAUUUUAAAGUGUGGUUAAUAUAAGUGAGAAUUGAAUGUCAUAGUGUUUUGUUUAUUAUAUUUUCUGUGAUAUAUUUGUUUAUGUUUUUAUUAAUAAAUAAAAUUAUAGUUUAGU